AUGAUGGUUCCAAGAGCAUUUCUAUUCACCUCAUUGCCACCACAGAAGGCAAUGAUGCCCAUUGAUGUCAAGGACCAGCCAGGCGUGGUACCAAAAUACCGACCUGGCUCACAAACUACAUAUGAUGGCAAGUCACGGGGACCGUCCAACGCCAUUCCCGUGGGUAUUCCUUCAAAAUGGCCCUCGCAUGUCCCUGUGCAACGAGAAACCCGCUCCCGCAUCCAAUCCAAAAGCCGACCAUCCUCGCAUCGAUCUUCUUCCGCAUCCUCCAAUGACCACCAUAUCCCCACUACAGUUGCUUCGGUACUAGAUGCAACAGCCAUACCCCUUCCGAGAAGAUCUUGGAAACCCCGAACUCGAAAGUCUCGGAAGCUUCCUCGAGGGAACCAUGUGGAGGAAUUUUGCCGGUUCUUGCAGGAGGGAGUUGACUCCAAGGAGGAUUACUUAACAGCUGGAGCGGGAAAUUCUGCCAUGGAGAUAUUAUUAAGCCCGCCAGACUACAGUGACAAGUACAUGGUCCAUGAUUCGGAGCCAGAGCCUUCCUUAUCUGCCAGGUCAUCAUCCAGCGACUCCAUGCCCUCCCUCAGCCAUGACCUCGCCUCGCCAUCCAGCAUUUCUCAACCGCCAACACCCGCUAGCCAUAAGAGCCCCUCGGAAAGGAGACAGCUCCGAUAUUCACCGGCCAUGGACUGUGUCUUUGAUCAUCCUCUUCUUGAAACAGAGAUUGAAGAGGGUGAAUACAUCGACUUCAAUACCUACGAUAAGCCAGAAAUGCCAGAUGUGAUCCCUGAAAAACGGUCCAGCACGCUUCGAUCUUUUCCAAGCCUGCGUUCCUCUUUCAAAUCAAACCUUACGGCAUCAUUACGUGCCAUCAAAUCGGCAGCGCAGUCUGUUUCCACCUUUGCUACGCCCUCGGUUCAACCGGAAGACUUUCUCACCCGAUCUCUCUUUUCUAUCACGCCUGAAUUGACCGAUGAUCGCCGCCCUCUACCAAUGCAAACCCCGCCUUCUCCAGAACUACGACGUUACCUGAAUCCAACCUCGCUUUCCCCGGCCGAGAUGUGUGUCUAUCACGAUCAUCCUCAUGACACACCUGAAUCGACGCAAGCCUGUGUAUCCAUCCAGAUGCAAACAUACCGUCGAUCUCGCAAUCGGGGUCACCGACGUAAUCAUUUCCAUGUCGUGCCUAAGAAGAACCGCGAUCAAGCAUACACUUUUGAUCCGGAGGUGGCGCCCAUGUCACGUCAGCGUGAACCCCGCGAGAACAGUGAUUUCCUCCGCAUGGUCGUCCUGGAGAUGAACAUGCGACGCAGCGGCAAGCUCCGCGAAGACAUCCCCACUAGGGCUCGCAUUUGGCUACCCCCUCGCAACAGUAAUCCAUAUCGCCUGUAUGGCGACUACGAAGACUGUGAAGACAACAAUACCAUUCCCUCUCGUUGGGUGGGUGUCUCGGCCUAA